UAUUCCACCUGCUGCUCCUGCUCCUCCUCCUCCUCCUCUACCUCCUUCCUCCACACCUCAUCUCUCUCCUCACGUCACUUGUCAGUGCAAGAAAGCCUGCUGCAAGAGCUGUCACGCUCUCAUUAGCCCCUUCCUCAACCAAAAGGACCACAGGCCUUCCCACACGUCACAGCUCUUCUUUACAUCCGGUUCCUCUCGACCGAGUUAGGGUUCUUGCAACAUUGCCUUUCCUGUUCUACCCUCUCGUAAUAGAUUUAGAUUAUAUUCCAAGGAACAGCAAACGAGAGAACAGCGUGAAGACAACUUUAGCGGCCGAGAGAGAGGGGAAGGCGAGUACGGGGGAGGUUGCAGAAGACUGACGAGCCAAUGGGGUGAAUGUACUGUGCGCUGGCUUUGCAUGGGGAGCAUAAAAAGCAAGGGAAGGAAAGAAGAGGUCUCAGAGCUCACAAGAAGCCCACAGGGAGGGAGAGACUUGGAAGACCGAGGCGUGUGUAAAAGAGGCGAACAAGGUAAAUUGCACCGAGGGUAGAAAGGCAGACCACGUGGGCCCACCCAUAUGUGGGGAGGCAAGUGGCCAAUCAUAUCGUGGGAUCGCGUGCCGACGUGGCGGGACGGACCAAUGGGAUCCUCGAGGAAACUAAGGUUGGAGACGAUGCCGGUGUAAGGAGUAAAAGAUGGGACUUCGGGAAUAGGAGCAGCAGCAGCAGCAUUUGGGCUGACGUCUUCUCCAUGGUUUGCCUGCCUUCUCCAGCGGGCACACUGCUGCAGUGGAGUAUUUUAUGUGGUUGUCUGUCUGGUUGCCAUGGUUCUAUUGGGUUGCUUUGUUACCUCCGCGUUUAAUGGUGGAGUGUGAGUUAGAACUUGGGAAAAGAUGUUUUGGAGAUUGAUAUCAAUGCUUCUGAAGAGGGUUACUGCUGAACGUGUGAAGGAAAGUAUCGAGAGGUACAAGAAAGCAUGUAGUGAUACUACCAACACUGGAUUUCCUUCAGAAGGCAAUGCUCAGUACUACCAGCAAGAGGCAUCAAAACUACAUCAGCAAAUCAAUAACUUACAGAGCACAAACAGGAACUUGAUGGGUGAAUCUUUGAACUCCAUGAGCUUAAGGGACCUGAAGCAGCUUGAGACUCGAUUGGAGAAGGGCAUAAACAAAAUAAGAACUAAAAAGAAUGAGUUGUUGUUUGCUGAGACUGAGUACAUGCAGAAAAGGGAGAUGGAGCUGCAGAAUGACAAUAUGUAUCUGAGGAACAAGGUAGCUGAAAAUGAAAGAGUGCAACAACAGAUGGACAUGCUGCCUUCAACGGCGACGACAACUGAAUACGAGGUUAUGCCUUCUUAUGAUUCAAGGAACUUUCUGCAAGUGAAUAUAAUGCAGCCUAAUCAACAUUACACUCACCAGCAGAGGACAGCCCUCCAGCUAGAUGAGAUACAAUGAAUCUAUGAAGAUACUUCUGCAGAUGCAGAGCUUUGGUGAUGGAGAGAAAUCUAGUACAAGAUCAGCUGAGAAAUAUAUGAGAAAAUAUGAUGAUGAUUUGAGCCUUUUCUCUAAAAAUAUGGCUAGAAUACUGAACAUAUGCGUUUUCCACUCUGUUGGACAAUUAACUCCAGUUAUUGUCACUUAUGUUGUCCUACAUAUAAGACUGUUUUAUUUAUACUUUGAUAUGGUGGUGUGCAA